GGCAUUUGUAGGGAUGAGAGAGAUUGCAACCCUUGAGGCAUUCCAAUGGUUACAAUCUCAACCUCGAAUCCUCAUGGCUUGCUCAACAAUAUUCGGAGUCAUCAAUGACAUACAGAGCUGCAAGACAGAAGAUGAGAGAAGCCACGUGGCUACUAGAGUUGAGUGCUACAUGAAGCAACAUGGUGUUUCAAGGCCGGAAGCCAUUAGUGAUUUGUUGAAAAUAAUUGAGAAUGCAUGGAUCGACAUCAAUGAAGAGAUGAUGAGACAAACUAUGAUAUCUAGAGAUCUUGUCAUUCGAAUUCUCAACUUUGCAUGCCUUUACGGUGUGGUAUACAAGUAUAGUGAUGGCUAUACUCAACCAGAAUGUGCCAAAGACUCCAUCAUUGCACUGUACGAAGAUUCAAUCUCCAUAUGAUCAAGCAUUGAUAAUUUGGUGUUUGUUUCCAAAUUCAAAUGGGAAAUAAAUAAGUGGAUGUUGGGAUUUCAAUUUGUACUCUAUGUCCAAGAGCAAUUGUGAUGCAGAAUGGAAAUCGAAAUAAUUUAAUAAAUAGCAUUCUCUAGUUUUCCUUAUUUUGAUUUUAGUAAUUUUGUUAGGGAAUUCCAAUUUUAAGAAUAAGAAUUCUAAGAAGUAUUUAGUUUCCUAUGCUUGGUCAAGAAUAAUGAGGAUUGAUUUUUUCCCAUAUGUUUUAUUUCCUUUUCAGUAUUUUAGUAAUGCUCUACUAUAAAUUGAGAUGUAAGCCUUUUAGCAAAUUGUU